AUGAACAGCAGAAAUGCCACAGGGAAUAACUUUUCAGGGAGUCCCAACUCCUUUGAAAAUAACGACAAUAGACAGAAUCAUUUGAAGGAAGUGGUGACACCGUUAGGCGAUGUUUACAUACUCAAUGAGAAAACUAAUGAGAAAUUUAUUAAGGGUACCCAGAGGAGUGACGGCACAUUUAGGAAAACCAUUCGCGUAAGGACGGACUACAUGCCGCAGGAGGAAAACUGCGCAUAUCAAGUGAAGGGUAAAAUACUAGAGCAGCAAUAUCAGAGUAGAAUUGCCAGCUCCAGCACGAACAUGUAUGCAAGGGAUAAUCCCCUCGACAGCAGUGCAUCAAGUGCAAAAAAGAUUAUCACAAAUAGCGCCCUGAAAAUUUUGGCGAAUAAGAGCACAGAAAGAAAGGUGCCAGGAUGGAACCCCAUUAAUGACAACGAAAAUGAGAAUGAAAAUCAAAACUCAAAGAACUCAAAAAAGAAGAAGAAGAAAAAAAAAAAAAAAAAGGCAGACGAUGAAAAAAUAGAGAAUGAAUAG